GCCUGCACACUGAGGGGGGAGAGGAGUACGAGUGAACGAGUACGAGAGUUUUAACCACACGCCACAGAUUGAUUUAAGCCACACUGACGCACUCCGGAGCAAGCGAGCGCUGAAGGGAGACAGCUGGGAAGAGAAACUGGGCGAAAGACAGACUCUGACAGAGAAUUGGACGAGAGUCAUGCUUUUUCACAGACCAGGGAACCAGCUGUAAAAGACAAAAGGCGGUCUCCCCCCUCCGACAGGCCUCCGACGGUCACACACAUCAGUCCUCACCACAGUCUUUCAGCUGAGGAGCAGGAGAGCCCGGAGAGAGUUGUCCAGAAAGAGAAACUCCAUGCAGAGCUGAAACAGGUGUUGAGUCUGAAAAGAAGCCAGCUGAGAGAGACGUCACACUCCACCCAAACAGAGAUGGACAGCCCACCACCACAGAAAAGCACCGCAGAGGAGGAGGAGCCGACCUCUGAGCUGGUUGAGGUUGUCAUGGAAACGGAAGCUGAAGCAGGAGCAAGUGGAUACAGUGUGAUAGGCGGUGGAGAGAGAGGAAUCUUCAUCAAGGAAGUCCUCAGAGACUCCCCGGCAGCUAAACAUUUGAGCCUCCAGCAGGGUGAUCAACUGCUCAGUGCUAGAGUGUACUUCGAUAACGUGAGAUAUGAAGAUGCACUGAAGAUUUUGCAGUGUGCAGAACCUUAUAAAGUCUCUUUCUUCCUGAAGCGGACCAUACCUCACAAUGAAGUCACUGUGCAUCCAGGUGCAGUCAGCGUUGAUCUCAAAGGACCCAAAGCCAAAAUGCAGAGAAUGAGUGUCAAAAGCGUCAAACCCUUCAAGGCAAAGAAAAAAAGGGGAGGACGUUUUGGAUUAAAACGGCUGAAGGAGAACAAACAGGCCAGAGCUGAGACCGAUGAGGAAAUGGAGGGAUCUCCAGGGAGGAGGGAGGGGACUCCUGUCGAUGUGGAAUUUGUGUUCCCCAAGUUCAAGCUGAAGAAAGGUGGCAAGGCCGCGGCAGAGGGAACGGGGAGAGCCGAGGGGGCGACGUUCAUGGGCAGGAAGAGGAGUAAGAUAAGGUUUCCUCGGAUGAAAGUCAAGGGUGGAGCCAGUGGGGGAGGGCAUGUUGGUACUGAUGUCGCAACACCACUAGGAGAGGCAGAGUUCACUGGAGAUAAGAACAAGGCGAAGGGAGGGAGAUAUGGUAUAACAAUCCCUAAAACCAAAAAAGCCAAGGUAGAGCUUUCUUCGUCGCAGGACACUCUGGAAUUUAAACUCCCCAAGGGAAAAUUCAAAGCAUCCUCGGGGUCUGCAGAGGCACAUGAUGUGGAGAUGUCUGUCGGUUUGCCAUCUGGAAAGGGAGGAGGUGGUACUAGUGAGUCAGACUCCAGCACUGGAGCCAAGCUGAGAAUGCCAAAGCUAAAGCUGCCAAAGGUCAGGCUAUCUCGCCACUCUGAUGAGAUCGACGGAGCAGCCGAUAUUAAGGGUUCAGACAAAAUGAAAGUGAAAAUGCCAUCGGUUGACAUAACAUCUCCCAAAGUUGACCUGGGGAUUUCCGGUGGGAAAGCUGAGGCUCAAGGAGGCCUAACUGUUACAGGACGCGAUGGAGAAGCAAAGACACUACUGUCAGGCAUAAAGCUGCCGACUCUUGAUUUCUCUGUCCCACAACCAGCUAAGGGAUCUGUGGAUUUGCAUGGUAAAAAAUCAGAUUUGAAAGGUCCUGAUAUCAAAUGUACAAAAAUACACAUGCCUGAUGUAGAUAUAUCCCUGCCAUCAUUGGCAGUUGAUUCAGGCGAACGAAAAGGUGAUGAAAUUGAUGGAACAUUUUUGUCAGGAACUAAAAUAAAAGCUCCACAACUGGACAUAUCCAUUCCGAAGCUACCUGAGGGUACUGGAAAGGUAAACCUCCCUGAUAUGGACAUUUCUCUUCCGAAGAUGCCACAAGUAGACAUUUCACUCCCAAAAGGGAGAGUUCAAGGUGAUGGUGGUAAUUCCGACAUUGAAUCAAGUGCUAAAGGAAAAAUAAAAAUGCCUACAAUAGACUUUACUCUUCCUACUUUCACAACUGAUGUGGAAGGCCCUGAUGUAAAAGGAGGAAAAUUUAACAUGCCAUCAAUAGAUAUUUCGCUUCCAAAAGGAAAAAAUGAAGGAGCUGUUGAUGUGGAUGCCAAAACAAAAGGGGGCAAAUUCAAGAUGCCCACAUUUGAUGUUUCCCUACCAAAACUGAGUGGUCCCGAAGGUCAAAUCGAUAUUGAAGGCCCUGAUGUCAAGGGUGGAAAAUUCAACAUGCCAUCAAUAGAUAUUUCACUUCCCAAAGGAAAAUUUGAAGGAGACAUUGAUGUGGAUGCCAAAGCAAAGGGUGGCAAAUUCAAGAUGCCCACAUUUGAUGUUUCCCUACCCAAAUUCAAAGGUCCAGAAAUUGAUAUUGAAGGCCCUGACGUCAAAGGUGGAAAACUAAACAUGCCGUCAAUAGAUAUUUCUCUUCCAAAAAAGAAAUCUCCAGAGGGUGGAAUUGAAUUUCAGGGACCUGAAAUGAAAAGUGGCAAAAUUAGCAUGCCGACAAUAGACAUAUCUCAUCCAAAGGGGAGUAUUGAAGGUGAUGUUGAUAUGGAGGGGAAAAUAAAAGGGGGUAAGUUCAAGAUGCCCACAUUUGAUGUGUCCCUUCCUAAAUUACAAUCUCCUGAAGGACAAAUUGAUAUUGAAGGCCCUGAAGUCAAAGGUGGGAAGUUUCAAAUGCCAUCAAUAGAUAUCUCACUUCCAAAAGGUAGUGCAAGUGGAGAUGUUGAUCUGGAUGUGGAUGGCAAGGCAAAAGGUGGAAAAUUCAAAAUGCCACAAUUUGAUGUUUCCCUUCCAAAAAUUAAAUCAACAGGGGGUGAUAUUGAAGUUGAAGGACCUGAACUCAAGGGUGGGAAGUUUAACAUGCCAUCAGUUGACAUAUCUCUUCCAAAGGGGAGUAUUGAGGGUGAUAUUAAUGGCAAGGCAAAGGGCGGAAAAUUCAAGAUGCCUACUUUUGAUGUUUCCCUCCCAAAACUGAAAACUCCAGAGGGACAAAUCGAUGUUGAAGGCCCUGAAUUCAAAGGGGGGGAAUUUAACAUGCCAUCAAUAGAUAUCUCACUUCCAAAAGGAAAUGUUGAAGGAGAAAUAGAUGUCAAAGCAAAAGGGGGGAAAUUUAAUGUGCCAUCACUUGAUGUUUCUUUUCCAAAAUUAAAGUCUCCAGAAGGAGACAUUGAUGUAGAUGGCCCUGAAAUCAAAGGUGGAAAGUUUAAUAUGCCAUCCAUUGAUAUUUCUCUCCCAAAAGGAAAUAUUGAAGGAGAUGUGGAUGUCAAAGGAAAAGGAGGCAAAUUCAAGAUGCCCACAUUUGAUGUUUCACUUCCAACACUGAAAUCUCCAGAGGGUGGAAUUGAUGUUGAGCACCCAGAACUCAAGGGUGGGAAGUUCAACAUGCCAUCACUUGAUAUUACACUUCCCAAAGGUUAUGUGAAAACAGAUGUUGAUGUGGAUGCUGACGGAAAAGGAGUCAAAAUUAAAAGGCCAAAUUUUGACGUUUCCCUUCCGAAAUUCAAAUCUUCUGAAGGAAGAGUUGAUAUAGAAGGCCCUGAAGUAAAGGGUGCAAAGAUCAACGUCCCAUCAAUAGAUAUCUCGCUUCCAAAGGCAAAGGUUGAGGGUGAUGCAAAUGUUGAUGGCAAAUUGAAGAUGCCCACAUUUGAUGUUUCACUACCAAAACUGAAAUCACCAGAGAGUGGAAUUGAUAUUGAGGUACCUGAAGGUAAAGGUAGCAAAAUUAGCAUGCCAUCUGUAGACAUAACUCUCCCAAAAGGAGGUCUUGAAGUUGGUGCUAAGACAAAAGGAGGAAAAUUCAAGAUGCCAAAAAUCGGUAUCUCACUGCCAAAAAUGAAAAAAGCAAACAAAGCAAUAAAUAUUGAAAAGACAGAAAUGAAGGGAGGGACUAUCAAUCUACCAAAUGUUGACAUUUCUUUACCCAAAGGCAAGAUUGAGGGAGAUGCUAACCUGGACGGCAAAAAAACAGAAGGCAAAUUCAAGGUGCCCACAUUUGAUGUUUCCCUUCCCAACCUUAAAGGCCCAGGAGGUCAAAUUGAUAUUGAAGGCCCUGAAUUCAAAGGUAAUCCAUCAAUAGAUAUUUCACUUCCAAAAGGAAAUGUUGAAGGAGAUAUUGAUUUGGAUGCCAAAGCAAAAGGAGGCAAAUUCAAGAUGCCCACAUUUGAUGUUUCCCUUCCAAAACUGAAAGGUCCUGAAGGUCAAAUUGAUAUUGAAGUACCUGAUGUCAAGGGUGGAAAAUUCAACAUGCCAUCAAUAGAUAUUUCACUUCCCAAAGGAAAUGUUGAAGGAGAUAUUGAUGUAGACGGCAAAGUGAAAGGAGGAAAAUUCAAAAUGCCCACAUUUGAUGUUUCCCUUCCAAACGUUAAAGGCCCAGCAAUCGAUAUUGAAGGACCUGGUGUCAAGAGUGGGAAAUUCAACAUGCCAUCAAUAGAUAUCUCACUUCCCAAAGGAAAUGUCGAAGGAGACAUUGAUUUUGAUGGCAAAGCAAAAGGAGGCAAAUUCAAGAUGCCCACAUUUGAUGUCUCACUUCCUAAAUUUAAAGGUCCAGAAGGUCAAAUUGAUAUUGAAGGCCCUGAUGUCAAGGGUGGAAAAUUCAACAUGCCAUCAAUAGAUAUCUCACUUCCCAAAGGCAAUGUUGAAGGAGAUAUUGAUGUGGAUGCCAAAGCAAAAGGAGGAAAAUUCAAGAUGCCCACAUUUGAUGUUUCUCUACCCAAUUUCAAAGGUCCAGAGAUUGAUAUUGAAGGUCCUGGUGUCAAAGGUGGAAAACUAAACAUGCCAUCAAUAGAUAUUUCACUCCCAAAAGGGAAAAUGGAAGGAGAUGUUGAUGUGGAUGCCAAAGCAAAAGGAGGAAAAUUCAAGAUGCCCACAUUUGACGUUUCCCUGCCCAAAUUUAAAGGUCCAGAAGGUGAAAUUGAUAUUGAAUGCCCUGAUGUCAAAGGUGGAAAAUUCAACAUGCCAUCAAUAGACAUUUCACUUCCCAAAGGAAAUGUUGAAGGAGAUAUUGAUUUGGAUGCCAAAGCAAAAGGAGGAAAAUUCAAGAUGCCCACAUUUGAUGUUUCCCUACCCAAAUUUAAAGGUCCAGAAAUUGAUAUUGAAGGCCCUGACGUCAAAGGUGGAAAACUAAACAUGCUGUCAAUAGAUAUUUCACUUCCAAAAGGAAAAAUGGAAGGAGACGUUGAUCUGGAUGCCAAAGCAAAAGGAGGAAAAUUCAAGAUGCCCACAUUUGAUGUUUCCCUACCCAAAUUUAAAGGUCCACAAGGUGAUAUUGAUAUUGAAGGCCCUGAUGUCAAAGGUGGAAAAUUCAACAUGCCAUCAAUAGAUAUCUCUCUUCCAAAGGGGAAAAUGGAAGGCGAUGUUGAUGUGGAUGCUAAAACAAAAGGAGGAAAAUUCAAGAUGCCGACAUUUGAUGUUUCCCUUCCCACAUUUAAAGGUCCAGAAAUCGAUAUUGAAGGCCCUGACAUCAAAGGUGGAAAAGUAAACAUGCCAUCAAUAGAUAUUUCACUUCCAAAAGGGAAAAUGGAAGGAGAUGUUGAUGUGGAUGCCAAAGCAAAAGGAGGAAAAUUCAAGAUGCCCACAUUUGAUGUUUCCCUACCCAAAUUUAAAGGUCCAGAAGGUGAAAUUGAUAUUGAAGGCCCUGAUGUCAAAGGUGGAAAAUUCAACAUGCCAUCAAUAGACAUUUCACUUCCCAAAGGAAAAGUUGAAGGAGAUAGUGAUGUGGAUGCCAAAGCAAAAGGAGGCAAAUUCAAGAUGCCCACAUUUGAUGUCUCUCUUCCCAAAUUUAAAGGUUCAGAAGGUCAAAUUGAUAUUGAAGGCCCUGAUGUUAAAGGUGGAAAAUUCAACAUGCCAUCAAUAGAUAUAUCACUUCCCAAAGGAAAUGUCGAAGGAGACGUUGAUUUGGAUGCCAAAGCAAAAGGAGGAAAAUUCAAGAUGCCCACAUUUGAUGUUUCCCUACCCAAAUUCAAAGGUCCAGAAAUUGAUAUUGAAGGCCCUGACAUCAAAGGUGGAAAACUAAACAUGCCAUCAAUAGAUAUUUCACUUCCAAAAGGGAAAAUGGAAGGAGAUGUUGAUGUGGAUGCCAAAGCAAAAGGAGGAAAAUUCAAGAUGCCCACAUUUGAUGUUUCCCUACCCAAAUUUAAAGGUCCAGAAGGUCAAAUUGAUAUUGAAGGCCCUGAUGUUAAAGGUGGACAAUUCAACAUGCCAUCAAUAGAUAUCUCACUUCCCAAAGGAAAUGUCGAAGGAGACAUUGAUUUGGAUGGCAAAGCAAAAGGAGGAAAAUUCAAGAUGCCCACAUUUGAUGUUUCCCUACCCAAAUUCAAAGGUCCAGAAAUUGAUAUUGAAGGCCCUGACGUCAAAGGUGGAAAACUAAACAUGCCGUCAAUAGAUAUUUCACUUCCAAAAGGGAAAAUGGAAGGAGAUGUUGAUGUGGAUGCCAAAGCAAAAGGAGGAAAAUUCAAGAUGCCCACAUUUGAUGUUUCCCUACCCAAAUUUAAAAGUCCAGAAGGUGAAAUUGAUAUUGAAGGCCCUGAUGUCAAAGGUGGAAAAUUCAACAUGCCAUCAAUAGAUAUUUCACUUCCAAAGGGGAAAAUGGAAGGCGAUGUUGAUGUGGAUGCUAAAACAAAAGGAGGAAAAUUCAAGAUGCCAACAUUUGACGUUUCCCUUCCCACAUUUAAAGGUCCAGAAAUUGAUAUUGAAGGCCCUGACAUCAAAGGUGGAAAAGUAAACAUGCCAUCAAUAGAUAUCUCUCUUCCAAAACCGAAAAUGGAAGGAGAUGUUGAUGUGGAUGCCAAAGCAAAAGGAGGAAAAUUCAAGAUGCCCACAUUUGAUGUUUCCCUACCCAAAUUUAAAGGUCCAGAAGGUGAAAUUGAUAUUGAAGGCCCUGAUGUCAAAGGUGGAAAAUUCAACAUGCCAUCAAUAGACAUUUCACUUCCCAAAGGAAAAGUUGAUGGAGAUAUUGAUGUGGAUGCCAAAGCAAAAGGAGGAAAAUUCAAGAUGCCCACAUUUGAUGUUUCCCUACCCAAAUUCAAAGGUCCAGAAAUUGAUAUUGAAGGCCCUGACGUCAAAGGUGGAAAACUAAACAUGCCGUCAAUAGAUAUUUCACUUCCAAAAGGAAAAAUGGGAGGAGAUGUUGAUGUGGAUGCCAAAGCAAAAGGAGGAAAAUUCAAGAUGCCCACAUUUGAUGUUUCCCUACCCAAAUUUAAAAGUCCGGAAGGUGAAAUUGAUAUUGAAGGCCCUGAUGUCAAAGGUGGAAAAUUCAACAUGCCAUCAAUAGAUAUUUCACUUCCAAAGGGGAAAAUGGAAGGCGAUGUUGAUGUGGAUGCUAAAACAAAAGGUGGAAAAUUCAAGAUGCCAACAUUUGAUGUUUCCCUUCCCACAUUUAAAGGUCCAGAAAUUGAUAUUGAAGGCCCUGACAUCAAAGGUGGAAAACUAAACAUGCCAUCAAUAGAUAUCUCUCUUCCAAAAGGGAAAAUGGAAGGAGAUGUUGACAUAGACAUGAAUGCCAAAGGUAAAGGAGGAAAGUUCAAGAUGCCCACAUUUGAUGUCUCCCUUCCACACUUCAAAUCACCUGAAGGAAAAAUUGAGGUGGAAGGCCCUGAAAUCAAAGGUGGAAAGUUAGACAUGCCAUCAAUAGAUAUAUCACUUCCAAAAGGUAGUGUUGAAGGAGAUCUUGAUGUGGACGCCAAAGGAAAAGGAGGAAAAUUCAAAAUGCCAACAUUUGAUGUGUCUCUCCCAAAAUUCAAAGGUCCAGAUGGUCAAAUGGAUAUUGAAGGCCCUGAUGUCAAAGGUGGAAAAUUCAACAUGCCAUCAAUAGAUAUCUCACUUCCCAGAGGAAAUGUUGAAGGAGAUCUUGAUGUGGACGCCAAAGGAAAAGGAGGAACAUUCAAAAUGCCAACAUUUGAUGUGUCCCUCCCAAAAUUCAAAGGUCCAGAUGGUCAAAUGGAUAUUGAAGGCCCUGAUGUCAAGGGUGGAAAAUUCAACAUGCCAUCAAUAAAUAUCUCACUUCCCAGAGGAAAUGUUGAGGGAGAUAUUGAUUUUGAUGGCAAUGCAAAAGGAGGCAAAUUCAAGAUGCCUACAUUUGAUGUUUCCCUCCCAAAAUUUAAAGGUCCAGAGGGUCAAAUUGAUAUUGAAGGCCCUGAUGUCAAGGGUGGAAAGUUCAACAUGCCGUCAAUAGAUAUUUCACUUCCAAAAGGUAGUGUUCAAGGAGAUGUUGGUGCGAAUGUAGAUGCUGAAGUCAAAGGGGGCAAAAUCAAGAUGCCAAGUUUUGAUGUUUCCCUCCCAAAACCAAAAAUUCCUGAAAACAAAAUUGAUAUUGAAGGCCCUGAUAUCAAGGGUGGGAAAAUGAGCAUGCCCUCAAUACAUAUUUCACACCCAAAAGGACAUUUGAAAGGUGAUGUGGAUGUAAAAGCAAAAGGUAGCAAAUUUAAAAUGCCUAAAAUUGGCAUCUCACUACCGAAAAUGAAAAGGCCUGGAAGUGGCAUAAACAUUGAAGGACCAGAAGUUGAGGGAGGGAAGAUUAGCAUGCCAACGAUUGACAUUUCACUUCCUAAAGGCAGUGUAGAGAGAGAUGCUGCCAUGGAGGGAAAAGUGAAAAGUGGAAAGAUCAACAUGCCCACAUUUGAUGUUUCCCUUCCAAAACUCAAAUCUCCAGGAGGGAAAAUUGAUGUAGAGGUCCCUGAACUCAAAGGUGGAAAGUUUAAUAUGCCAUCAAUAGAUAUCUCACUUCCAAAAGCAAGUGCCGAGGGAGAUGUUGAUUUGGAUGGUAGGAAAAAAGGUGGCAAAUUCAAGUUGCCCAGUUUUGACGUAUCACUCCCUACACUGAAAACUCCAGAGGGUCACGUCAAUGUAGAGGGUCCUGAGAUCAAAGGUGGGAAGGUUAAUAUGCCAUCAAUAGAUAUCUCUCUUCCAAAAGGCAGAAUUGAAGGAGAUGCUAAUGUAAAUGUAGAUACUGAAGGAAAAGGUGGAAAAUUCAAGUUGCCCUCUUUUGAUGUUUCCCUUCCAAAACUGAAAGGUCCAGAGGGUGAAAUUGAUAUUGAAGGCCCUGAUGUCAAGGGUGGAAAAUUCAACAUGCCAUCAAUAGAUAUCUCCCUUCCAAAGGGGAAAAUGGAAGGAAAUGUUGAUGGCAAAGCAAAAGCAGGCAAAUUCAACAUGCCCACAUUUGAUGUCUCUCUUCCCAAAUUUAAAGGUCCAGAAGGUCAAAUUGAUAUUGAAGGCCCUGAUGUCAAGGGUGGAAAAUUCAACAUGCCAUCAAUAGAUAUCUCACUUCCCAAAGGACAUGUCGAAGGAGACAUUGAUUUGGACGCCAAAGCAAAAGGAGGCAAAUUCAAGAUGCCCACAUUUGAUGUCUCUCUUCCCAAAUUUAAAGGUCCAGAAGGUCAAAUUGAUAUUGAAGGCCCUGAUGUCAAGGGUGGAAAAUUCAACAUGCCAUCAAUAGAUAUCUCACUUCCCAAAGGAAAUGUCGAAGGAGACAUUGAUUUGGACGCCAAAGCAAAAGGAGGCAAAUUCAAGAUGCCCACAUUUGAUGUCUCUCUUCCCAAAUUUAAAGGUCCAGAAGGUCAAAUUGAUAUUGAAGGCCCUGAUGUCAAGGGUGGAAAAUUCAACAUGCCAUCAAUAGAUAUCUCACUUCCCAAAGGAAAUGUCGAAGGAGACAUUGAUCUGGACGCCAAAGCAAAAGGAGGCAAAUUCAAGAUGCCCACAUUUGAUGUCUCUCUUCCCAAAUUUAAAGGUCCAGAAGGUCAAAUUGAUAUUGAAGGCCCUGAUGUCAAGGGUGGGAAAUUCAACAUGCCAUCAAUAGAUAUUUCACUUCCCAAAGGAAAUGUCGAUGGAGACAUUGAUUUGGACGCCAAAGCAAGAGGAGGCAAAUUCAAGAUGCCCACAUUUGAUGCCUCUCUUCCCAAAUUUAAAGGUCCAGAAGGUCAAAUUGAUAUUGAAGGCCCUGAUGUCAAGGGUGGAAAAUUCAACUUGCCAUCAAUAGAUAUCUCACUUCCCAAAGGAAAUGUCGACGGAGACAUUGAUUUGGACGCCAAAGCAAAAGGAGGCAAAUUCAAGGUGCCCACAUUUGAUGUCUCUCUUCCCAAAUUUAAAGGUCCAGAAGGUCAAAUUGAUAUUGAAGGCCCUGAUGUCAAGGGUGGAAAAUUCAACAUGCCAUCAAUAGAUAUCUCACUUCCCAAAGGAAAAGUCGAAGGAGACAUUGAUUUGGACGCCAAAGCAAAAGGAGGCAAAUUCAAGAUGCCCACAUUCGAUGUUUCUCUUCCCAAAUUUAAAGGUCCUGAAGGUCAAAUUGAUAUUGAAGGCCCUGAUGUCAAGGGUGGAAAAUUCAACAUGCCAUCAAUAGAUAUUUCACUUCCAAAAGGAAAUGUUGAAGGAGAUAUUGAUCUGGCAGCUGAAGGAAAAGAAGGCAAAAUCAGAUGCCCCAAAUUCAAAUAUCCUGAAGGUAACAUUGAUGUUGAAUGUCCUGAAGUCAAGGGUGGGAAAUUUCACAUGCCAACAAUUGAUAUAUCAUUACCCAGAGGAAAGGCCAAAGGGGACGUAGAUCUGGAUGUAGACAAGAAAGGUGAAAAACUUAAAAUGCCCACAUUGGAUAUAUCAUUGCCCAAAACACCCUUUACUUCAGGUUCAGCCAGCUUAGAAGGGCCUAGUGUGGACAUUGCAUUACCCUCUGGAGAAGCUAAGUUAGGUGUGGAUUGCUCAUCUGAAGGCAAUACAAGUAGCACCAUCAAGCUUCCAAGUGUGAAAUUACCAACAGUUAAUAUAUCUGCACCCAAGGUUGACUUGGACUUUGGUCUUACAAAGUCUAAAGACAAUGACAGAGAGGACAUUGAACUCCUGAAAGCUGAAGGGGGCAGACCAUCCUCGGGUGCCAGUUUUGAUGUACCUGAUGUUACCCUGAAAAUGCCAAAGUUCUCUCUCCCCAAAUUUGGUGGAAAAUCCAAAAGUGGAGGCAUUGAGUUGGAAGGACAUGGUUCAACACCAGAUUUGGAUGUUGAGGGUAGAUCUCCAUCAGCUGAGGUAGACCACGAUAUCAAAGCAAAAGGAAAAAUCAAAAAGCAUAAAAUUAAAAUGCCAUUUUUUGGAAUAUCUAAGAAGGAUGUCGAUAUCAAGGUCACUGGUCCAGGAGGGAGAAAGGAAAAAGAGGGAGACAUUAAAAUGCCAUCUCUUGAAAUAUCCUUACCAGCAACAAAAACACCAGAACACGAAGUUCUGCUCCCCAAAACUGAGGUAGAUGUGUCUGAGGCUGAUAUUAGAGGCUAUGAGGGUGCAUUGAAAAUCCCCAAAAUGCCCACUAUUGACAUAUCUGUCCCCAAAGUUGAUGUGGAUGUUGCUCUGCCCAAACUGAAGCAGGAUGCAUCAGCUGAUUCUGGCAUGCAUGUAAAUGUAGGGGGUGAAGGUGGAAAAAUGAAGAUUCCAAACAUCAAAAUGCCAACAAUAGACAUAUCUCUCCCAAAAGGAAAGCCUGGUGACAUCAAAACACCUGAACUGGAACUUGAGGGAGAGGGUGGAAAAUUCAAAUUGCCACAUGUUCAGAUGCCGACUGUUGACAUAUCACUAUCUAAAGGAAAAUCUGCGGAUGUUAAUGUACCCGAGGUUGAAGUUAAAGGAGGUGGUGGUAAAUUCAAGAUGCCCAAGGUUAAGAUGCCAGUGGUUGACAUAUCACUUCCAAAAGGACACACGGCGAACAUUGAUGCACCGGAAGUAGAGGUAAAAGGUGAGGGAGGGAAAUUCAAGGUGCCAAAUAUCACCAUGCCAACACUUGACAUAUCUCUCCCAAAGGGUAAAUCUGGUCAGAUUGAGGCAAAUCUGGACAUUGAAGGUCAGGGGGGUAAAGUCAAGAUGCCAGACAUAAUGAUGCCAAAGGUGGAUGUUUCACUUCCAAGAGGAAAAUCUGCCGAUAUUAAAAUACCUGAAGUAGAACUGGGGGUAAAGGGUGGACAUUUUAAAAUGCCAGAUGUCAAGAUGCCAACAGUUGAUGUUUCACUACCAUCAGCAAAUUUGAAAGGCAGUGGCAAACCAGAAUUACACCUCCAUGGUGAUGGUGGCGCGACCACAGAUCCUACACUCAAAAUGCCCCAAAUCAGUAUGUCCUUACCACAUGUGAGAACUGGUGAUAAUGAGACUGGCCGGCUCAGAGGUGAGGGCGAGGGCAAAUUCACAAUGCCCUCUGUUGAAGUGCCCACUCUCCCCAGAGCUGAUCUUGACGUAACUUUGGGGAAGCAAAAACAAGGUGAACCAAGUGGAAAGGUGGAUGCUGAUGUCAGCAAGGAUGGAGAGCACAAAGGCUUGAAAAUCAAGAUACCAACAAUUGACGUAGAAGCUCCCAAAGGGGAUCUGGAGCUGAACAUUGGAUUACGGAAAGGCGAAGGAAAAAAGGAUCGCAAAAAAAUAGAAUUUCCUGACAUACAUCUAAAUCCACUUGUGUCUGAAAGCAAGGUGAAAGGGCCAAAGGUUAAAGGCACAAAGUUCAAAAUUGGUAUGCCAAAAAUGAAAAACACAAAUUCGGAAAUUGAUGUCAAACCAGAGAAGGACAAUGAAGGAGUAAGUGGACGAUUUAAAGUUAAGAAGACAAAAAUGGGCAAAGAUUCCGCACCAGAAAUCGCUGUAAAUGUUCCAACUGAACCAACUAUUGCAACAAUUGGCUCGGACCAUGACAUCAAUACACCAAAUAUUCCAGAGAUAGAUUUUGACAUUGGAACCUCAUCUGGAUAUUCCGAGGCAAGCAGCGAUAAGGGAGGCAAAGUCAAAGUUCCUAAGUUUGGUGUGGCUUUACCUUCCAUUUCCUCACACAAGGGGGGCAAAAUCGGUGGGAAAAUGGCAGAUGUCAAAGGUUUUUCUGUGUCAGACCCAGAGAUCGAUUAUGAGGGUCCUAAAAUGCCAAAAGUGACAAAAGCAGUGUUUGUUUUAGUGAAUCCUCAGUCUGACAAUUCUAAUGUAUCAGGUGAAGAAGGGGUACAUGUUAAAGAUAACCUAAAUAAGAUGCCCAAGAUUAAAGUAAAAGCAGGUUUAGGAAAGUCUGGCAUUAAGGGUAGGGGAGGGGCGGAAUGUGGCGAAGAGGAGGUGGAGGUAGAUGGGAAGUCAAAAACUGGCAAACUGAAAAUGCCCAAGGUUGUGCUGUCUCCAGGAAAGAGUGGCUCAUUUGACGUGACUUCCAAAACAUCUGACUCAGGGAGGGAUGAGGUGGCAGGCCUAAACGGUGAAAAAGACAGCUCGAAAUUUGUCAAGCUGAAGAUGCCAAAACUUGAGUUCACGUCACCUUAUUCGAAAAACGAGGAAGAGCACCUUGAGAUGAGCACAAAGUUGGACAUGAAAGAAUCUGACAAAGAAGGCAAGGGAGCAAAAGCGAAAUCAGGAAAAAUUGCAUUUCCAGGCUUCAAAAAGAAAAUUGAGAAAGAAGAAGUAGAGACUGAGUCCACUUUGGUGUCUUCCACAGCCAGGACAGAAAUGCUAGCAGAGAGAGAAAGCUCGGAGUCUCCUUCUCCCCAGGGGUUUGUCUCAGUUCGGCAAAUGCAACACGAAUCAUCCACAGGAUACAGCACAGAACAAGUGUACGAAACAGAGGGCUCGACUUGGUAUGAGGUCCCUAGAGUAACCUUAAGUCCUCACUCUGCUGGGCUGCUUCAGAUGACACCUGAGGGAUCCCCAUGUGGUAGUAGAUCCUCUCCUCUGCUCUCUAGUGCUGAGGCAUCAGGUGACUUUCACAUUCAGAUGCCACGACUACAGAUGACCUCACAGGAAAGUGGGCAUAAGGAAGAGUACAUUGUCACAACAACAACGACAACCAGAGAGAUGUCACAUGACAGGAGGGCCUCACCUCAUCAUUUUGGUGGAGAUGCCUUGGGUGGUUUUCAACUCCAGAUGCCUCAAAUGCAGUUCACUGCACAGGGUAGGUUAAAGGAGGAGCUCAUCGUCACAACAACUAAGGAGGAAAAAGUUACAGUGGUGACCUCAAGGUCAAAGUCGCCAAAACCAACACUGGCAGAGCCGACAGGGGAGUCAUCAACUGAGAAGGGCCGUAGUUCACAAAUACCUCGGGAUUUCUGAGGCACAAAGUGAUAUGUGGGAAAUUGUCAGUGUUUUUUUUAUUAAUAUGUUUUGUAUUAGUACAGUUGUAUUUGUUUAUUUUCUAUUUUGAUCAAUGUCAUUUGUAUUUUUUUGUUUAAAUCAGAAUAUAAAAUAUAUGGUAAAUAUCAUCUUACACACAAAUGUACACAUUCAUCCAUUCAUACAUAAUUCACCCAUUUGUGUUCUUUUUUUCCCCCAAGAGAGUAGCCCAAAAUUAAAUAAUGUAAUUUAUGUGAAAUGCAUUUUUGUUCUGUGUCUGAUUGCAUUAGUGGCAUGGAAUGUAAUCAAUCAAACCCAUUCACAAGUAUAAUAUUUUUGUAGAUAAAAAAAUAUAUAAAUGGGUGGAUUGCAAAGGCUUCUUAGCACAAUGAUUAAUUUAACAUUUUUUGAUAUUUUAAAAGCUGUGUGCUCAUGUGCCUUUCCUUGGUGCCUUAAUUAUAUGGAAUAUAACGUUUUGCUUUUAUUUACUGUAUUACUCUAACUUUAUAUAUGCUAUAUCAGCAUCUGAAUUGAUAUUGAUUCAAUUCAGACAAUUGGUUAAAUUUGUACGAACCCAUUGUACAGAUGAGGCCUUAAAAAAUCAAGACAAUGUGCAGAACUCUUAAAUUGUUCAUAUUUUCGUAUUGUAAAAAUAUUCUGUCAGGGUUUGUCAUUUGGGAAAAGUCUAUUUAAACAUGCACAUUUCUUUCAUCGGAAUGAUCAUCACCUUUGACAAUCGUAUUUCAACUGUCCUCAGAGGAAAUGCUUUAAUCUUUGUUACAUUAAUAGGAGAGAUGUGGAAAUAUUAUUUCUGUUUUAUGGUGAAUUUAUUAACCUGGUUUUACCCCUGUGUUGGGAAUGAGUAUUACAUAAUAUUGUAUCAGGUUAUCCAGAUUUAACCUUAUUUAUAUGUAUAGAACACUUUCUACAAGUGUGCACAGUAGCAUGACUUUUGAAAAAGUUCUUAGUUUAUAUGCCUCUUUGAAUUCAGGUUAUAUAGUAAGUUAUUGUUCAUAUGGAAUUUGAGCGAAAGUUGUAAUUUACAAGAAAAUUAAUAAAAUAUAUUGCUAUUGACUCUGA